AUGAUUGAUGGAACGGCAAAAGGUAUCCUCCAAACAAUAGAAGGAAGUUUUUCAAAACAUGAAGUACCUCUUGAUCAUGUCUUCGGACUUACAUCAGAUACGACGAACGUAAUGAUGGGAAAGCACAAUUCAGUUCAGGCUUUACUAAAAACCGAAAUUCCACAUCUGGUCGUUAUAGAGUGCUCAUGCCAUUUAAUACAUCUCGCCACAUCAUAUGCCUCCCGUAAACUACCUAAAAAUUUAGAAGAUUUGUGCCGUAAUAUACCUGCAUAUUUUCAUAUGAGCCCUAAGCGAACAGAAGCACUCAAACAGUUUCAGGAUUUUCUAAAAAUUGACCAACAUAAAUUACUUUCUGCAGCAAAUACAAGAUGGUUGUCACUUCAAGCUUGUGUCGACAGGAUAUUAGAGCAGUAUGAUGCAUUGAAAUUAUUUUUUACGGGGGCAGUUUUUGAGGAUCCCUCUAAUACAAAUGAUUCCAUCUUGAACAGUCUUAACAACCCAUUUAAUAAAGCUUUAUUACACUUCAUGAGUUACGUCUUCUCUAUAACUAACGAUUUUAAUACAUUUUUUCAAACAAAAUCACCACAAUUAUUUAUACUGCCAGUGAUGGUUCGGAAAAUGUUGAACACUUUUUUGUGCAACUUUGUCAAAAAGGAGCACCUGAAUCUGAGCUCGGAUCUAAAGAGCCUUAAGCAAAUUGACGUCACUAAAACAGAAAUUCACCUCAAUAAUGAUCAUAUAUACGUUGGUAUGGAAGCACAUGCGAUACUUGAAGAUUUAAAGACAAAAGCCCCAAUAGAAGAAGUGAACAAAUUUUAUGCUAGUUGUCGUGAAUUUUAUGUGGAAAUAGUAUUGCAAAUCCAAAAGCGGUUCGACUUGAAUGAGAAACUUUUCGACAUAUUGAAGUAUGUGGAUCCAAAAAUAGCAAGAAAUCUGGAGAAACAAUCAGUGAAAGAUGUUUUUGAUAAAUUUAACUUUUUAACGACAAAAUGCAACAUGCAAAAAGCAGAUAACGAAUGGAGAAAUCAAGCUCUUAUAGACUUAAAGCAUUUUGGAGUUGAAAGCGAAGAAGAAUUAAAAAAACAUGCCAGCUGA